UACAUAUACCCCCACCACGUUUUUUCUCAUCCUUCACAUGCAAACCUCCUCUGAUCCUCUUCAUUCCUCUGGCAGCUCCUGUUCUCCUUAAUUUACUCCAUGGUUACCUCCAGCUUCAUCGUUGGCAUUAUUGGCAAUGUAAUUUCAAUACUGGUUUUUGCUUGUCCAAUAAAGACGUUUACGCAGGUGGUGAAGAGGAAAUCAACGGAGAAUUUCAAAGGAAUUCCAUACUUAACUACGCUACUGAGCACAAGUUUAUGGACCUUUUAUGGGCUUCUCAAACCAGACGGUCUACUUGUCACUACUGUCAAUGGUGCCGGUGCCGUCUUUCAAUCCAUUUAUGUCAUUCUCUUUCUAAUCUAUGCCCCCAUGGAUAAGAAGGUGCUAACAGGAAAGCUGGUGGCCAUAUUGAAUGUGGGUUUUCUUGGGUUAGUAAUUGCGGUGACUCUGCUAGCAAUGCAUGGAAGUUUGAGGCUCACCUUUGUUGGAAUUCUAUGUGCUGCCUUAACCAUAGGCAUGUAUGCAGCACCUCUUUCAGCCAUGAGAACAGUGAUAAAGACAAAGAGCGUGGAGUACAUGCCAUUUUUCCUCUCAUUUUUUCUAUUCCUGAAUGCUGGCAUUUGGACUACUUAUGCCGUGCUUGUCAAAGACUACUUUAUUGGAGUACCAAACGCCACUGGAUUUGUGUUGGGGUCAGUACAAUUAAUUUUGUAUGCAAUCUACAAUAACAAGUCAAUUUCAGAAAAAACAAUAGAGAAAAUGGUAGGGGAAGGCUCUGCCCACCUUGUCAAAGCAGGAGUAGUAAUCGAGAUGGGAGGAUUGAAGGAUGAAGACGAAGAGUCCAAUUCCACGAAAAAUCGAAGCCUCAACAAGGGAAGAAGCCUCCCAAAGCCAUCUGUAGUCAGGCAAUACAGCAUCCCAAAGAUCUUGAAGACGCUUUCUUGGAAUCCCUAUGAAAUUCACUCUCAUUGGCCCCGCCAAGAUGGUCUUGAAAAUGCUGAACAGAGUCACACUUGAUCAGGAGGAAACGAAAUCAACAGUGUUGAUUCCUAAGUGCUUUUUCAUUUCUUUUUUGUUGGAAAUUAUCAGUAGUAACUCAAGUCAUGUAUGAAAGCUCACAAUUGUGGAAAUUUAUUAAGUUCUACCGAUCACAUUUUGUGAAA